AUGCAAUUCGAUGAUAGAUCAGAAGAUGAGCCAAUAAUUGAUCCAUAUAAGAAAUUUGUUGUUGAAGUUUAUAAUGUUGUCAUGGAUGGUGUAAUAAAUAGUUUUGAAAAACGAUUUUUGUCAAAUUCAAAAAUAUAUGCUGAUUUAUCUUGUCUAUCUCCAAGCAACUUCAAUGACAUUAAAAAUGGUCUUCCAACUGAAGCACUUGAUGUUCUAGUCUCAAAAUUAAUAAAAUUUGAUUCAGAAGUUACUGCUGGAUAA